AUGUCGAAGCCAGUAAUUGAAGAGAGAGUUUACGUCGGGAACCUUGACUACUCCAUCACCGAGGAGGACAUCAAGGAGUUUUUCACCGGAUUGCAGAUUGAGUCUGUGGACAUCCCCACGAAAACGUUCACCAAGGGCACCAAGGAAGUCACAAAACGCCUAGGGUUCGGGUUUGUACAGUUUGCCCUGAAGGAGGAUGCUGACGAGGCCAUCGAGAGAUCCAAUGGCAAGGUGAUCAAGGUGAGAACGCUUUUCUCCAGAAAGGCUGUUCCUCCAGCUUCGCCAGAGGAGAAGAAGGAGAAGAGAGCAGCUUUCUUGGCCAAGAAGGCUGCUAUCCGUGAACAGAAGCAGCAGAAGGAGCAGGAAAAGGCUAAUGCCGAGAAGACUGACGCUGCUGACCUGGUUCCUAAGGAGAAGAAGGCUGGUGUGGCCGCCAAUGGCGACGCUGAGAAGAAGCAGGACAAGACCAAGACUCCCGAGGGCACUCCUUCGAACGAUACGGUCUUCAUCACCAACUUGGACUUUAAGGCUAAUGUCAAGGUAUUGGACGCUAUUUUCAAGGAGCUUGAACCUAAGUGGAUUCACGUUCCUGCUAAGAAGGUUCCUCGUCACAUCCUUAGACAGAUUAGAGCCAACCACAGGCCAAUAUACAACAGAGGCAUUGCCUUUGUGAAGUUUGCCGAUCAAGAGACCCAACAACGUGCCAUCUCCGAGUUCAACGGUAGGGAUGUGAACGGAAGGCUGAUCAUUGUUGAGGCUGCUGUCGACAGACCAAGACCUGAGGGAGAUGAAGAAGUCCAGGGAGAAGCCCAGCCUGUUGAUGCUGUUGAUGCUGCUGUACAGGCCGAGGCCCAGGCUGCUACCGGCGCCUAA